AUGGAAAAUAAAAAUACCACUAAAUUCAUUUUGCUGGGCCUUACACAAAGUCCAGAGCUUCGAAAAAUAUUCUUUGUCAUUUUCUUAAUCAUAUAUAUUAUCACUGUGACAGGGAACCUACUCAUUGUCUUAACUAUGACCGUCAGUCAAAGUUUGAGAUCACCCAUGUACUUUUUUCUAACCUUCCUGUCCCUCAUGGAUGCUGCCUACUCUUCAGUCAUUGCUCCUAAGAUGAUUGUAGAUUUACUCUAUGAAAGAACAACCAUCUCCCUGGAAGGCUGCCUGAUCCAGGUCUUUUCAGAACAUUUUUUUGGUAGUGUUGGCAUCAUCCUUCUUGUGGUGAUGGCUUAUGAUCGCUAUGUGGCCAUCUGUAAACCCCUGCACUACAUGACCAUCAUGAAUCCUCGUGUAUGCCACCUGCUAGUGGCAGCAGCUUGGAUAGGAGGUUCCAUACAUGGCACUAUACAACUACUUUUCAUGAUCAAUGUUCCUUUCUGUGGCCCUAACAUUAUAGACCAUUUCCUAUGUGACUUGUUCCCAUUGCUGAAAUUGGCCUGCAUGGAUACUCAAGUUCUUGGUCUAUUAGUCAUCGCCAACAGUGGAAUAUUGUGCCUGUUAACCUUUCUUUUGUUAAUUGUCUCCUAUAUUAUUAUCCUCUCCUCCCUUAAGGGUGGUAGUUCAGAAGGAAGGCGAAAGGCCUUUUCUACCUGUAGCUCUCAUAUCACAGUGGUCAUCUUGUUUUUUGCUCCCUGUAUAUUCUUGUAUGUAAGACCAGUGACCACUUUUACUAUAGACAAGGCUGUGUCUGUAUGUUGUACUCUAAUUACUCCUAUGUUAAACCCCUUGAUCUACACCCUUAGGAAUACAGAGGUUAAAAAUGCCAUGAGAAAACUCUGGAUAAGAUGA